AAACUACGAUUUUCUGUGAGUUUUGAUACGAGCAUCACCGUCAGCUGAAGAGAAAGUGAAAGUACGUUACUGUACACGAACUUCAGAAUUGUUCUUUUGCCGACUCGAAAGGAACAUGUCAGUAUCAUACAAUGGCUGGGAAGUGGUCUAUGACGACGAUUCCACUCUGGGGGUAGAACUGACCGGCGCGCAAACACCAAAAGACGGCAAGACCUACACCAUGUACCACGGCACCACCGUCCAAACGGCCCGGCUCAUCAUCGCCAACGGCUUCCGCCAGUCUCCAGACGGAAUGCUGGGCGCCGGCGUGUACGUGAGCCGCGACCAGAAGAAGGCCGAGCGCUACCCCCUGGGACGCCACGUCGCCACCCGCGUCGUCCUGACCCUCGACGUGGACGUGGGCCGCGUCAAGCGCAUCGACAAGGACGGCCACCCCAUGCAGAAGAGCUGGCACACGCAGCACAAGUACGACACGGCCUGGGUGCCCCCCAACUGCGGCAUGAAGGCCGUGCCCAGCGGUCUGGAGGAGGACUGUGUGUUUGACCCCCAGCGGAUCCGGGUGGCCGGCGUCGCUCUGGCGCCCGACGCCACCGUCCUGGCGGAGCUUCGCCAGCUCAUCGCCCAGUCCCCCCGCCGGUCAGAGGGGGGCGGAGCCGGGCGGAGCAGCGGAGGAGCCGCCGGAGGCCAAGGCGCGUGCGCCGUGUGUAACAGGAAGAGUCCGCCCAGUCACACGCACACCCUGCAGCAGUGCUGGGGCUGUGGGCAGAAGAUUUGCACCUUCAUGGUCAAGCACGUGUGCUCGGCCAGCCUCUGCGGUUGAGGAUGGGGAAGGUUGUACAGUGCUGGACUCUCAGGCAGUAGGUCCAGGGGCGCCGUAUAGGGGGGGGGGGGGG